GCCCCCUAUCUCCUAUUUGUGGAAGUCUUGGUGUGCGAUGAUAUAACGCGUCUUCGUCUCCCCCCACGCACCGGUUCUUUCUCUGGACUGGCGCCCUCCAACAUACCAAACCAUGGCUUCCAUUAUACUCAACUCUUCACAUCCUCUCUCCUCUCCUCCUCCUCCUCUAAACCCACCAAUGACUGUUGUUGUCAUGCGGCCGUGGAGUCGUCUCGUCAGGGGCGGUGGUGGCGUCGGAUUGAUACCGGCCAUUGUUCGCGUUCGCAUGGUCCGUUGGUUGGGUUCAACCGUCUUCCUGUUGCGUUAACUUCCCGCAAACGUGCCAACGGUGGUUGUUAUGUCCGUGUUCACGUCUCGGUUGUUGCCGGGCUGGCGAUCACCGUUGUCUGGUCCCAGCGUGUGCUCGCGUUUGUCUGCGUUGUUCUUGUUGUCAUGUGA